AUGUCAGGGAAUGACUUUGCAUUUUUGUCGGAAUACUUUUCCUCCAGCUGUCAACAGCUGGAGGACAAGUAUUCCGACUCCAGAAUCACCACCCUUGAUCUCGCGCUUGGUUGUCGUUGUCUGGAAUACUGGGACCAAACGGUGUACUCCUGCACAGAGUUCCGAACCUUCCCACUUGUAGGCCAAUGGAUCGCCACAGACCUCAUGGAGAAGGUCAUCAAGAAGGUCAUCCCGGACAAGUAUCUGGACGACCGCACCAUCUUGGUAGAUGGUGACCACCUCAACCCGUCGGGCCACUUCGUCAUCGGCGGCUCGGAUGGAGAUGCCGGCCUCACCAGACGCAAGAUCAGCAUCGAAACGUACGGCGGCUGGGGCGCCCACGGCGGCGGCGCCUUCUCCAGAAAGCACCCCACCAAGGUCGACCGCUCCGCCGCCUACGCAGGCCGCUGGAUCGCCAAGUCGGUCGUUGCCGCAGGCCUCGCCGACCGCUGCCUUGUCCAAGUCUCGUACGGCAUCGGUAUCGCCGAGCCGCUCUCCAUCUUUGUUGAUACCUACGGCACGGGCUCCAAGUCCGACGCCGAGAUCACCGAUAUCGUCAAGGCCAACUUUGAUCUCCGCCCGGGGCACAUCAUCCGCGAGCUCAACCUGCUCCGCCCCAUCUACUCCAAGACCGCCGCCUACGGACACUUUGGACGCGAUGACCCCGACUUCACCUGGGAGAAGCCCAAGACACUCAAGUUUUAG